AUGGCCAGAAGUCUCGAGUGUACUCUCACCCUUUUCCUGGUUUUUCUGCUGUUUGGAUCUUCAUUUUUCGAAGCUCGUCCACUAGAUGUUUCUAAGCCUCCAAACAACAUUGAGGAAGCAAUGGAGGAAGUCUUGAAAGGUUCGAAUUUUGAAGUUAGCAAAACUAAAGGCACAACUGCUCGAACCCUAGUGCAGAUUAAGGAGGCUGGCCCGAGCCCUCCGGGACAGGGACAUCAUCAAUCUCCACAUGGACCACCUCCAAGCCCUGGUAGUGAUGAAGAAAGUUGGCCAACAAACCGAUCAUUCCUUAUCAAAGGCCCAGCAAAAGACGUAACUACGUACCUCGGCCUCGAGAUGAACUCCGGUGUUGAGGCCCGAAGAUUGGAAAUUCAACCAAUCGAGCUCCGUUUGAUCUUCCAGAAGCGGAAGUUGAAUCAAUUGCAG